CGCUGACCCUCCGUCCUCAGUUGCUAAGUAACCUCUGCAGGGGGCGGCUGCCGCAUCGCCAGAUGCUACUAGCGUACAAAACAUCCAACCGUGCCGUUCCAGACGCAAAACUAAACGCCAAACUGACGAGGAGGAUGGACGAGGGCACCGAGUUGUCUCUGACCAUCGCUCAAAUCGUCCAGCGGCUGAAAGGAAGCCAUUUACACUCUCAGAUAGAGAGACAAGCCAAAGAGUGUUUACAUCAACCCGAGAUAAAAUUGGAGUCCCUUAAAGAGGACGUGCGCAGUUUUCUCAAAACAUCAGGCUGGGAAAGAAAGCUACAGAAUGCAGUGUACAGAGAGCUGCAUGUCCAGCUGCCCCCGAGCCAUCCUGCGGCUCCUCCAGAGCAUCUCAAAGAGCCGCUGGCCUACAUGCGCAAGGCACAGGCCAGCUGGGAAAAGCGCGUCCUCAAAAGCCUGAACAGCAUGAGUACAGAGCUUGAAGUGCCUCUGGCUCGCAUGAGGCCCGCAGUGGAGCAGAAGGAGCUCACCAACAAAUGGAACGAGAUGGGCACUGAUGAACCAGAUUUAAGUCGCUUUAGGCCUGUCUACGCGCCCAAAGACUUUCUGGAGGUGUUAAUCAGCCUGCGGAACCCCAAUCACGACAGCAGCGAGGACGUCAGCGUCAGGAGCCACUGGGGUCUCAUCCAGGUUCCCCUUAAUGUCAGAGACAUCCCACAGCUGAGACGGGCUUACUCAGAGCUGAAUCUGACCACAGGGCAGUUGGGGAUUGAUGACCAUGCACACAUCCAUCCAGACUUGUUUGAAAACGAGUAUGUUCAAAUCGGGAAAAAAGUGGUUUUGGAACAGGACAGUGCAGCAGCGCAGCAGUACAGCAGGCAGGGCUGUCCCACCGGGCUCCGUGCAGACCUCUGGGCCCUCAUCCUUAACUCUACUAACCAGCCACAGGACGUGAUGCAUUAUGAACAGCUCACGGCUGGAGUCAUCCAACAUGACCUGCUGGUGGACAACCUCAUCUAUAAGGAUGUGAAGCUCACCGCCAGCAAUGAUGACUACUACUUCGUGUUUGAGGAUUUCCUCUACCAGGUGUUGCUCUGUUUCUCUCGUGACACGGCCGUCUUGGAUCACUUCAAAUACAACAGUGCCACUCCGCCCAAAUCCUACAUCCAAGGGAAGGUCGGAGAAGAGGAGUGUGCUGUUGUUUAUCCUCCCAACGGUGUGAUCCCUUUCCACGGAUUUUCAAUGUAUGUGUCACCUUUGUGUUUCUUGUACAACGAGCCGUCCAAGCUGUACAGUGUAUUCAGGGAAAUGUACAUCCGCUACUUCUUCAGAUUGCACUCCAUCUCCUCCUCUCCCUCGGGGAUCGUGUCUUUGUGCCUGCAGUUUGAGCGGCUGCUCCAGACCCACCUGCCGCAGCUCUUCUACCACCUCCGACAGAUCGGGGCGCAGCCGUUGCGUAUUGCCUUUAAAUGGAUGGUGCGAGCCUUUUCUGGAUAUCUGUCCACUGACCAGCUGCUUCUCCUUUGGGACCGAAUCUUGGGAUAUGACUCACUGGAGGUAGUUGCGGUCCUAGCCGCAGCUGUGUUUGCCUUCCGGGCCGAGAACCUGAUGGAGGUGACGUCACUGGCCUCAGCUGAGGCUGUCCUCGCCGACCUUUCAACCCUGAAGGUCAUGCCGCUCAUCCAGAUCUUUCUGUUUGCCACCGCCAUCUGAGGAACAUGGAGGACGACUACAGACAUGCCACUUUGCAAUGCCAUAACCACAGCGACACACCAGGCUACAGUGUGACCUAUCAGGCAUUAAGAAACCACCUCAUCUUGCACUGGUUCAACCAAAAAAGCCAAACCUCCCUUUAGCAUGGAUGCACCAUAAAUAGUGAAUCCCCCGUAUCAUGUUAGUAGAUAUUAUCCAGUAUGUAAGUAUAGCCUACACCAGUGAGGUUACCUUACUAACCUCCUUAAGCCAUAUGCUCCGCAGGAAAGACGAUCCGCGCAGUUGUGCCGGGAUCAGCUGAGGAGCUCAUUAGUCGACGAGUUGCAUGAAGCAGUAAUUGUAUUGCGAUAGGAGAGAACAACAGCUAUGUCUCCAAGCUUGGCUAAUGAAGUGUUAAUUAACCACUGCAAUUUACCCCGCGCUGGAGCUCCUGCUUGUUUUAACACUAUUAGAUAAUACUGCUGCUGAUGGAGAAGAUCGGUGGCAUUAGCCAGCGUGUUGACAGUCAAAAGACACAACUCAUAUGAGUAGAAGCUGCUGUGUGUGCUCAUAAUUUAUUUAUUAAAAAACAAUGUGUAUUGCUGCACUUUUAAGAGACAUUUAGCACCUCCAGUGCCAGUAUUUAUGUAGUUUCAUUGUGAACAUUUUUGAUUGUUUUUUGUUUUUGAAUAAUACAUUUAAUCCCUGAAUGUAUUCACCAAUUUGGAAAAAAAAAAAAAAAAAGUAUAUGUCACUUUUGAUUUAAAUGCAAUCAAAUAAUUGUUUUUAUUGUAUGCACAGCAAGGGAAGACUCACACAGAGAACAGCUGUCUGGAUAUUUAAAUGUCUCAUAUAUUACAGGGAUUUACAGAGAAUGAAAACGUGCAAUAGCGCAAAUGAUCCGUCCAUUUUUAAUCUGUAUGGCCCCAUAACAUAUAAAAUAUAAGACAUUUAAAAAACAGAGUGAAGUGCCAGUCCUCCCUUGCUGUACUGGAGAAAAAGACAAGCAAAGAAGUGUUUUUUUUAAGCCACAGCUCAACCCAUGUACACCGUCCCUUUACAACAUAACAGUAUUCUUUGUCAGUUGAUGCCAAUGCUUUUCAUCCAGCACAUUUUGAAUGUUUAUUGUACCCUCAGAUAACCCCCUUCCUUUUUAAAUAAAAAUGUUUUGCUGAA